AUGCACCACCACCCCCAGGUCUGUACCUUCACCUGUAAUGUAUCAAAGCCACCCAGCCAUGUGGAGCCAACGGCCAAAAGAAAUCUCACCACUGUGACAGAGUUCAUUCGUGUGGGUUUCACAUAUCACCCUGAACCGGCCGUUCCACUCUUCCUGAUGUUUCUCAUCUUCUAUCUAGUCACCCAUCUGGGAAAUGUGGGAAUGUUUAUUUUAAUCCAAAUGGACACUCAACUCCACACCCCAGUGUACUUCUGCCCGAGCCAUCUUGCCCUGCCAGAUGCCUGCUCUACCUCGGUCAUCACCCUUCAGGUCCCAGCCACACUGACCACGAGCAAAACGGUCAUCUCCUGUGGCUCGUUCUUUUUCUUCACCAUCUGUGCAGGCACAGAGUGUUACCUGCUGGCAGUAAUGGCCUAUGACCGCUUUGUUGCCAUUAGCAACCCAUUGCUCUAUAACGUAGCAAUUACUCGGGGCAUCUGUAGGGGCUUUUUGGCCGCCUAUGUCUGUGGGGUAUCGGGGGCCAUCCUGCAUACCAUGUGCAUCUUUAUCCUCUCCUCCUGUGAUGACAGUCAGAUCAACUUCUUCUUCUGCGAUCUCCCACCACUGCUGAAGCUUGCCUGCAGCAACGUGACACAAAGUGAGAUUGUCAUCCUCUUUUUUGCCAAACUCAUGUUCCUGGCCAAUGUCGUGAUCACUCUGGUCUCCUACAUGCUCAUCAUCAGAACAAUCCUGAGAGUGAAGUCUGCUGGUGGGAGAGCCAAGACCUUCUCCACCUGCACCUCUGUUGUUCUCUUCUUCGGGACACUUGCCUUCAUGUACCAGAGAAGUAACUCAGACAAAUCCCCAGAGAAGGACAAGACUGUGUCUGUCUUUUACACUGUGGUCAUCCCCAUGCUGAACUUUUUGAUCUACAGUUUGAGGAACAAAGACGUAAAAGCUGCAAUAAGAAAAGUCAUCUGUAAAAUCCAGUUCCUGAGGGAGAAUGAACGUCCCUCGGUGCCGGGCCCCACGGCUCUGGGCUUGCUGAACGGCAGCUUGAGCAUGACCGUACACUCAGGACUGAUGCCCGGCUUUGAGGAUUUACUGUUGGCGCUGCGCCCAGCCGCCUACGCAAGCAACAGUCUGAUGCUCCAUUACACCCAAAAGGUUCGCUUCACCACCAAAGCACAGGAAGAGGUUUGCUUCACUAAAGAGGGGGAGAUGCUGGCAACGUUUGACAUUCAAAACAUCUACAUCCUCCCAGACCAGAGAGAACAGACCCUGACUGUUGGACAUUCUGACUUGAGGUCCCUACCUCCAUCUGCAAUGAAAAACGUCCUGCAGGAGCUAGGAAGCCAACCCUAUCUGAGAAGUCAAACUGCUGCUACAGCUGCCUUCCCUGCCCUGGAAAAGAGAUGUCCAUGCCACCUGACAGUGCUACAUGUGAGAAGUGCCCUGAGGACCAGUGGCCCAACAGGGAGUUGUCAGUGCAUCCCCAAAACCCUCGACUACUUGCCCUACCACGAGCCCCUCAUCGCAGUGUUGGCCGUCUACACAGCCCUGCUCUUCCUCCUUGCUCUGGACACAUCUUAG